CUCUCCCCCUUCCCGCGAGGGUUUAUGCGCGCGGGAUUCCAUCCACCAAACCACAAAGCCGCUACUCGCCGCCGGCGACCAUGGUGUCGCAGCACGGUAUCUUCCUCGCCGUCAGCAUCAUCUCCGACCACUUCGGCCCCCUCGUGUCCAAGGUGUGCCGCUGCCUGCUCCGCCACGGCGCGCUUCCGCUGCAGGAGAUCGUCCGCCGCCUCGAGCUCUCCCCGGGGCAGGUGAAGAACUCACUCCUUGUCCUCAUCCAGCACAACUGCGUCCAGGCCUUCAAUUCCCCUAGAGGAAGUGGCGAUAAGACGACAACACACUACUUGGCCAUCUUCGAAAACAUCCUGCAUCGGCAGCGUUUCUCAAAGUUUGUUUCUGUCAUCCGUGCAGACAUUCCAGAGUCAGAAGCUCUUCUUGAAGGGUUGCUUCAGAAUGGCAGGCUAACAUUCGACCAACUUGUGGAGCGAACAAUUUCUAAAAUACCAGAAGGCAGUAUCACACCAACAAGGGAGGAAAUACGAAUGAACUUCAACAAACUUGUAUUUGCACAUUAUGUGGAGCGUUGCCCAAAACCUGAACCUUUCUUUGAUCCACUUGUAGAUGAACAACCUACAUUGACAAGGAAACGGGCUCCAAAAACUGUCGAGAUUGUUCUUUCAAUUGAUAAGAAAGUUGUCAAUACGGCAGCUCUUUCUGAUGCAGAAAGAUAUUCUGAGAUCCCAUGCAUCAUGGAAGAUGCAUCAAAUGCUAAUGAUUCUCCACAUUCUUCUAUAUCUGGUGCAAAGAGGAAACGUAAUGCCAUAGAGGUAGAUGCAGAGCUCAAUUCAACGAUUGCAGAGAAUGAAGUACUUUAUCGUGCAAAUUUUGAGAAAUUCAUAUUCUGUCUAAAGAAGAAGUUUUGUGCAGAAAGAAAGAAACCUAAAUUGAAGGUUGGCACACAUCCUAUUUGGGAAGCAUUUUUCGAGGCCAGUUUAAUAGAAAGGGACAACAACUCUGUGACAUCUCCAAUAAAUGGUAUUUUGGAGAGACUAGGACAGAAAGAAGGAAGUACAUCGAUGACACUUGAUCAUAUAACGAGAGUUUUGGAGGAGUUAAAUUGUAGUCCUUCCUCGGAGGACCCAGACUCAUUCACCUUAGAUUUAAGCAGAAUCAUUGAAGCAUCUCGUAAUGAGGAGAUAGAAUCCCUUGUGAAGAAGAAAUAUGGGCAAGAAGCUUUUAUAAUUUUUAGGCUAUUGGUCAGAGAAGGUUGUCCAGUUGAGACAGAUAAAAUUAUUGACACGACAAUUCUCGACAAGCAGAUUGUUCAUGGAACUUUGUAUAAGCUUUGGAAGGAUGAAUACAUAGAUACAGAGAGAAUCCUUUCUGGAACAGGAACGGGGAACUCACAAUUUUUUGUAUGGAGAGUGAAAAAUACAUUCCGGGAGCAGUUCAUUGAUAAUCUAUAUCAUGCUGCUUUAAACCUGCGGCAGAUGGUCAAUUACAUAGCUGAACUUCUACUUGAGGGCUCAAAGGAUGACACGAAGUUGCGGAAUAGAAAAAAUAUAUUGAUCCUAGCCCUGAUUAGACAUGACGAUUCUCUCAUGUUGUUCCAGGAUUUUUGAUUCACUGUAACAGGAGUUCCCGCAUUUUUCUACUGUAUUCAAACAUACUUAUUUGGACUUAUAUGGUUGAAUAUCAUAGAUUAUUUUGCAUCCAGGCCUUAUUUUGAGUUAAGCUGAAUAUCAAAGUUCGGAAAUGAAAUCCUUUGAUAUAUACUAGCACAAUGCCUGUGCUUUGCUACGAGCAUAAAACUUAGAAGAA